GUUCACCGAUAAUAGCCGAAGUUGUAAGGUGGCGAACGCGACUAUUGAUGCGAGUGAGACAGAGGAACCGUAUGAGUGCGCUAUAGUGAAGCGACGUCACUGUCGUCGAAUACGUGCAAAAGAAAAUCGGGGUGAUUUCAAGACGCUCACGUAUCUCGUCCCUUAAACCAUCUUCAUUCGCAAAAAAGUCCUCUGUCAAAGUGCUGUGUUCUUCGCACGCGUCUGUGUAUAAGAUUUCCAGAAGAAAAGAGAAAAAACUAGUACGUAUACUCGGUCGGAGUAGCAAGUAGUGCGAUGUAUUACGUGUGUGCCGGCGUCUAGGAUCUACGUUCACGUUCUCGCGUAAUCGGUGACUAUUUAUCGCGUCGGUUAUACUAUUCGUGUUAUUGUUCCCGUGGGCAAAAAGUAGCCAUGCGAAAAAGCGAUAAAUCAGUAAGUGGCCUGUGGCAGCCAUUUUCCAGAUGAGUUUUCCCCUUUCUUUCGAUAAGCAAAGUGCGCUAUGUCGUGAAAGAGAAAGAAAUCGCAAAGAAGAAAACCGGUGCUUUUAUUAUGUGUUGCGAGGUACGUUGAAAAUAUUCGUUGGAGCAUAUAAGAAAGAAUUAUCUAGGGAAGUAGCAAAGAAGAACGCUCGUUUGCGUGUAUGCGUGUAUGCGAUCAAGUCUGAGUGGGGGAGGGGGGGUGAACAAUACAGAGACCCCCCAUUGCCGUGUGUUCGUCUGUUCGUAAUCACGUAUUACGAGCGUUCCUGUGACUUCAUGAUGUCAGGCCUAGUUUACAAGUAGAAAUUCAUUUUCGUCUCGGUAACCUGAAGCGAAUCGCGCGAUGAGAAAACGGCUUUAAGUAUUUUCACCGCACAACAGGUACACGAUUUAUCAUAUGGCUCCUUUUCAUUCACGGGGCUAACAUAACCUCACCAUUCUAUUUGUUGACUAACCAAUUGCCACUGUUUCUAGAUGUGUUCUUAUUUGUGGGGUUAAUUAGAAUAUCUCAUUCUAUCAUUAUAAAUGAUUAUGUGGUAAAAUAGUGUUGUGGGAAUAAGAUGAUUCUAUUGGUGUAUUACCAUUGAUCAGAUCUAAGUUUACUUGUGCGUUCAGAGUGAUUACUUUGGUGAAGACUUUAGUGAUGUGAUGUAACAGAACAAGUUGGAUAUCAGUGUAAUAAUGUAGCGGCAACUUUACAGAUGGAUAAACAGGGAUGACUGAUAAUUGCUGGAAUUCUGGUGGUGAUCUUUACGUUUUGAAGUUGCCCGAGUCCGAAUAUGAUGAAAUCCGGUGUAGAAAAGCGCUGGCGUCAAGAUGGAGCACUUUCAGGCCGCCCUGGACCCAAGGAAGCAGGAGUUAUUGGAGGCUCGCUUUCUCGGAGCAAGGAUGUCUGCUGGGUCACAAAUUCAGAUGGCACCUCAAUCAACCGUAAACUCUGGUCAGUCGGUUCAUAGUCAAGACUCGAACAUGAGCACCGGCUCAUCGCAUAGUGAUAAGGAGGUAGAUCCAAAUACUCCGGAAAAAGUACCAAGAACUCCUUCAGAAAGGAAAAGAAAACGUAAAGCAGAUGAUGGAGGUGGAGGAAUAACAGGAGGACCUAUAGGAAGCAAAGGGUCCAGAUCGGUGGUUGGUCUUGAGAAUAAAAAGAUCAAUGAGUAUUUUCCAAAGCACCACUUAGGCAAUAGUCCCAUUAGGCAUGGGGGCGCUAAGAGUCCCUCCCCUCAACAGGGGUAUCCUAUGUAUCCACCAUCACCUCAACAACUCCUUUCACCGCAAGUAACAACACCCAAUUCUUCGGUGGCCGAAUUUUCUUCACUGAUGCAGCCACCAAGACCUCAUCCUCAACCUCCACCUCCUCCUCCACCAGCCUCUACACAACCUGCAGGCUCAAUGGUCAGCAAGCAGGUGCAGGUAAGGCCUACCAACCUCAGUAGGACAAGCCAGGUCAGGCAAGCGAAGACUAACACCCCAAAUACAGAACUUACUUGCCAGAGGAUACAGGAAUUCGAAACCCAAGCCUCGUCGGAUUUAGAAUUACGAAAUAAUAAAAUUGAUGAAUUAAAUAGAACAACAGACGAACUUAGGCAUCAAAUGGCUAAUCAGCAAAAAGUAAUCGAGCAGCACAAAUCCCAUAUAAAUAAGUGUAUAGAUGUUGUAAAGAAAUUACUGAAAGAAAAAUCAAACAUAGAAAAAAAAGAGGCUAGACAAAAAUGUAUGCAAAAUAGACUAAGGUUGGGUCAAUUUGUAACGCAAAGGGUGGGCGCGACGUUUCAAGAGAAUUGGACGGACGGUUAUGCGUUUCAAGAAUUAGCAAGACGGCAAGAGGAGAUAGCGACUGAACGUGAAGAAAUUGAUAAACAAAAAAAGCUUCUACUGAAAAAGAGGCCGUCGAACAGUGAAACUGGUAGAAAACGUAGUCAGCCUCAACCUUCGUUGCAUAAUGGCACGGAAGCUACAUUCUUAAAGCCAGAUGCAGUACCUGGAUCUUAUACGUGGCAAGAGUAUUACGAAGCUGAUGAAAUACUCAAGUUGAGACAAAGCGCGUUGAAAAAGGAGGAUGCAGAUUUACAACUGGAAAUGGAAAAACUCGAAAGAGAAAGAAACUUACACAUCAGAGAGCUGAAACGUAUUCACAACGAGGACCAAUCGAGAUUUAAUUCUCAUCCUGUAUUGAACGAACGUUACCUUCUACUAAUGUUGUUAGGAAAAGGUGGUUUCAGUGAGGUGCAUAAGGCAUUUGACUUAAAGGAGCAACGAUACGUCGCUUGUAAAGUGCAUCAACUAAAUAAAGACUGGAAAGAGGAUAAGAAAGCUAAUUAUAUUAAGCAUGCGUUACGAGAGUACAAUAUACAUAAGGCUCUUGAUCAUCCUCGCGUUGUGAAAUUGUAUGAUGUGUUUGAAAUUGACGCCAACUCUUUUUGUACUGUCUUGGAAUAUUGUGAUGGCCAUGAUUUAGAUUUUUACCUCAAGCAGCAUAAGACUAUACCAGAAAGAGAAGCAAGAUCUAUUGUUAUGCAAGUUGUAUCUGCAUUAAAGUACCUCAAUGAAAUAAAACCCCCAGUCAUACAUUAUGAUUUAAAACCAGGUAAUAUAUUAUUAACCGAAGGUAAUGUUUGCGGAGAGAUAAAAAUUACAGAUUUCGGAUUAAGCAAAGUAAUGGACGAAGAAAACUACAAUCCAGAUCAUGGAAUGGAUUUAACAUCUCAAGGAGCUGGUACCUAUUGGUAUGUACUUAGGAGUUAUCAAAUAUCCAGUGGCGUAACUAGGUUCCAGAGGUAUCUACCGCCAGAGUGUUUUGUUAUUGGUAAAAAUCCUCCUAAAAUAUCGUCAAAAGUUGAUGUAUGGAGCGUGGGCGUUAUAUUUUAUCAAUGUCUUUACGGCAAAAAGCCUUUUGGACAUAAUCAAUCCCAGGCUACCAUUUUAGAAGAAAAUACAAUUUUGAAAGCCACUGAAGUUCAGUUCGCGAAUAAACCAACAGUUAGCAACGAAGCAAAGAGUUUCAUAAGAAGUUGCCUAGCAUAUAGGAAAGAAGAGCGCAUAGAUGUAUUGACAUUAGCUAGACACGAAUAUUUACAACCUCCAGUGCCAAAGCAUGGCCGGCAAGCGAAUAAUCAACAGCAGCAGCAGCAGCAACAACAAAUUCAGCAACAGCAGCAAACGUCGUUUAGCAUUGGCAUGUUUAGUGGUAUGAACGCGUCGAGCAGUUCGUAGUGGAAAGGAACUAAAGGGAGAAAUCUUCGAUACGCUGAUACAUGCCAAAUCUUGAACACUGAACUGCACACCAUCUCAUCUUAGCGAUUGCUAUAACGAAUUGUAAAUAAAAAAAAAGAAACCGGAAUAGUAUCACCACUACCACCUCCACUUAUCACCACCACACCUCUACAACUACACUUACAGGCCGACAACUACAUAGGACAUUUGCAAGAGAGAUGCGAGACUGGUCGCCGCAAGUCCAGGAGCCUUGCGUCUUUCUAGAAGACAAGUUUAUUCAGCAUGACAAAAGAAAACGAAAAAAAAAAAUAAUAAUAAUGAUAAUGUUGUGUUCGUAAAUAUUCAAUUGUAUUAUCGUUCCUUGUAUCAAAACACACAGUGGGCUGACUCGAUAAAUAGUGAAAGAAAACGGAUAAACAUGUGAUAAGUCAUUGUGAAUUAAAAAAAAAAAAAAAAA